AUGUCAGAAGAAGGAGGUCAAUUUCUAAAGAAGGACAAUUUGAGCAUGUUAGCCUCAAAAUUAAAAUUCUACGAUAAAGUCCAAGGGGAAAAAGUCCAUUGUGAGUUAGGGACUCAGAAGGAAACGUCAGUGAAGGACAAGUUAAAGUCAUGCACUGAAAUUAAAAAUGAAAUCGAUGAAAUUGCGAAGGGUCUAUGUAAGGCUUCUACAAUGAAGGAUGAUGCAAAUCUCUCUGCGCAGGAAGGGGACAGCGACCUGGACGAAUUGGAUAAACUGUUUAAUAAAUCCCUUUGUCAUUUCCUCUACUUUUGGCUUGGUAAGGAGGUAUGGACAAGGGUGGGAAAUGAUGGUACUAAGUUCUUGGACGUCAUGGGAAAAAUUUAUGAUGCACUUUCAGAUUUCGGUGUUCAGAACAAUUGUACACUUCUAUACACUAACAACCCACCUACCACCCUUAACAACCAACCUACCAUCAACAAGGACCUCUUCCUUCAUCGAAAAACAGUGUUUGAUUUCACCUUCGAUUAUAAAGGAAUAAAAGACAAACUACAAUGGUUUAGCAACGCCUGUGAUGAUGGUUAUUACAAACACCUACAAUCAGCUCAAACAGCAUUUAGUGAGGUGCUUACUGAUUGUAAAAGCAAAUGGUCGCAAGGGACCGAAGGGGGCAAAAACCCAACUAAUGAUGACCUCUAUUGUUCGUGGUUCAAAAACACAUUUGAUGUAAUUAAUGAUCAAAGCCCACUCAUCUUAUCACAUAAUGGAACAUCUAUGUCAAAAGGAGAAAGUGAGAAAGAGGUUACCGUUUAUAACCACGUUCACUUAGAACUGAAUUUUGCAUCUAAAGCGAACCCCACUGCAACCAUUGUAUCCUCUUUGUUAAGUGUAGUCGGUCUACCAACGACUGCUUUUUUUUUAUAUAAGUAUAACCUUUUACCUUCUGCAAUAAAAAAUAUCUUCUUUCGUGGAGGAGGAGGAAGCACAAAUAACAAUAGAAGCAAAACAAGAAAAGGAAGAUCCGGCCGACGGGACCUCGACACAUUAACAGCAGCAGACAGUUCAACAAUAUAUUCUACCGAGUAUUCCACAAUAGAUGACGAUUCUACAGAAACUUCUACUCUAUAUGACAGACCACACAGGAAGGGAAGAACAAACAAUAGCAGACCGCAACAACAACAAAUGCAAAGGAACAACAGGAACGAAGAAAGGAGAAGAACCAAUAUACGUUAUCAUCCCUAG